UCCCUGGCGCCGGGAAGGCGGAAGCGCGGCGAGGCGCGAGCGGCUGGGCAGCGGCGCAGGCACCCGGCGGGGCCACGCUCUCCGCGCCGCCGCCUGCGUCCCCUCCGGAAAGGGGCGCCGCCGGGCGUGAGCCGAGAGCCUGGCGGAUGCCCGCGGGAUGAGCAGUCCCGAGGCCGGCGCCCCCGCGGCUCCCAGGGAACAUGGGCGUGCUCAGGGCCGGGCUGUGCCCGGGCCUCACCCACGACAUGGUCGGGCAACUGAGGAGCCGCGGGAUCAAGACAGUGGUGGACCUGGUUUCCGCAGACCUGGAGGACGUGGCCCAGAAAUGUGGCUUGUCUUACAAGGUGAGCCGCCCAUCUCCACGCUCCAAACCUGGGCCCUGGUUGCCCUGAGAAGGGUGCUGCUGGCCCAGUUCUCAGCUUUCCCCUGCAAUGGCGCUGAUCUGUACGAGGAACUAAAGACUUCCACUGCCAUCCUGUCCACUGGCAUCGGAAGAGAGCAAGAGCAGGGGGAGCGGCAGGCAGAGGGAGAAGCAGGCUCCCCGCUGAGCAUGGAGCCCGACCCGGGGCUCCAUCCAGGACCCUGGGAUCAUGACCUGAGCCGAAGGCAGACCCUUAACCGACUGAGCCAGGCACUCCUGUAUCUCCCUCAUUUUAGAGUAAGGCCAUCAGGAAAUGUGAGCUUGGACAAACUGCUUGAUGCUGGUCUCUACACUGGAGAAGUGACUGAGAUUGUAGGAGGCCCAGGUAGUGGCAAAACCCAGGUAUGUCUUUGUGUGGCUGCAAAUGUGGCCUAUGACCUGCAGCAGAACGUUGUAUACAUUGAUUCCAGCGGAGGACUGACAGCCUCCCGCAUCCUCCAGCUCCUUCAGGCCAGAACCCCAGAAGAGGAGGAGCAGGCAGGAGCUCUCCAGAGGAUCCAGGUGGUACGUGCGUUUGACAUCUUCCAGAUGUUGGACGUGCUACAGGACUUCCGAGGUGCUAUGUCCCAGCAGGUGAGCAGUGCCUCGGUGACGGUGAAGGUGGUGGUUGUGGACUCGGUCACUGCGGUGGUCUCUCCACUUCUGGGAGGUCAGCAGAGGGAAGGCUUGGCCUUGAUGAUGCAGCUGGCCCGAGAGCUGAAGACCCUGGCCCGGGACCUUGGCAUGGCGGUGGUGGUAACCAACCACAUGACCCGAGACAGAGACAGUGGGGAGCUCAAACCUGCCCUCGGACGCUCCUGGAGCUUUGUACCCAGCACCCGGAUUCUCCUGGACAUUGACGAAGGAGCAGGAGUGUCAGGCAGUCGGCGCAGGGUAUAUCUGACCAAAUCUCCCCGUCUGCCAACAGGUUUCCAAGAGAUGGUAGACAUCGGGACCUGGGCGCCUCCAGAGCAGAGCCCAGCGUCCCAGGGAGAUCAGAUAUGACUGUGCUGUUGAUUGGGAAGGGGGGGCAUCAAGCGCCCCACCUCUCUGCACACUAGCAACUGCUGGUCACUGCUACCCGGUACUUGGGACUGCAGUAGAAGCUCUUGGGCUGGACACAAGAGACAUCUCUGUUUCCUCAGCUUCUCUUUCUGUGGAAACAGAGCUACAGGCGAGAGAGGAUUCGGUGGUGGAAGGACCCAGAAACUCAUGCUCGUGCCAAGUUUUCUUCCUUGUUUCUAUCAUAUAUGUUUCCCUGCGAGCAGAGUUCACCCUGGCCUCCGGCCUCUCUGAAGAGGCCUGCUAGUGACCGGACAGGACCCUGUGUGUCACCAUCUUACCCACACUCCAUCCUCACACAGUGACAGAGCUCGGAAGCCUCUGCUUCUCUCUCUCUUUUUUAUUUUGCCUCUGUUUUUCCAUCUGUAAGAUGGAGCUCCCUUUCCCCUAGCUUUGUCUUUGAGUUACUGGGUGGAAGCAACCUUGUAAAUGCAAAGCCCUUCUUUAUCCAUGUCAUGCUCUUAAAAAUAUAAACAGGAAAUUCCUUGAGCCCCAGAGCCACCUGAUUUCCCCCCAGAAGGAUGUUUUUCAGUUUCCCCUAGUGAGGUUCCAAAGAACAGUUCUUCCUUUUUUUUUCCCUCUUGCUGAUUUGGUUUCAUGCACCUGCAUGCAUCACCACGACUAGGUGAGACUGUGAACUUGCUGCAGUCCCAGGGAUAUAAUUUAACAGGAAGGGAGGAUGUGGCCACAGUGAAUCCAGCUACUUGUUUAUUAUGCAUGGUGCCCUGUAGGGCCCCUCCACAGUAUAGAGGUGCCUCACAGCCAGAGGUGCUGAACCAUGGCCUUGCCCAUAAACAGGAAAGAAUUUGCACAGUAAAUACAGCCAGCUGGGAAAAUUGAUGCUGGCGUAAAUAAUACAUGGCAAAUCUAGUCUUUUAUGCAGAAGUUCAUUGCCGGUGGCUCCAAGAUGCAAUAUAAUUCGCCUUCUCUUCCUGACAGCUGUACCGCAACCUGGUGCCCUAGUGUAUGACAUAACCCCCCGUCUGUUAGCGGCACUGUGGCCGUCCAUCUGAGAGCCGUAGCCCUGGCUGGGGGCGGAGAGGAGGACACCAGGGGAGGAAUAAUAAAAAGGCAAAGUAGAGAAAUGGUCAGAAUUGUUUACUGUCCACAUUUUUUUACAGGAAGUUCGCCUUUCUCAGAGAGCCUGUCGUGAUUAAUUAGUUGUGUCUUGGCUGCAGGAAUAGGGGGCAGAGUUCCGGGGGGGAGAUAGGACAUGAAGAUGAUGAACAUAGCAGAGACAGAAGCAGGAAGCAUGGAGGAUCGGGAGUGAGCGGCAGACCGGCUCCAGGGUAUCUGCCUGCGUGAGGAAAGGGUUGGGGAGCCUAGGACUGGGGGGAGGCUGGCCCUGCUGCCUGCAGUAAGGACCCCAGGAGAAACGAAUCUUCCAUAUCCUCAUACCAUAAGUGGUCGGCUCAUUUCUGCAACCAUCAUAGGAAACGGGACGUUAAGUGAGGGGAUGGAAAAUCCCUGCCACUCCUACUAUUUGGGUAUUUUGAGCCCCGGGGGGUCUCACCAAUCUCCCAAGCAUUCUGUUUUUGUGGAACUUGGGAAUGUUUUUGCAGUUUUUCUCCGCACGGCCCUCCAGGGGGGCACAACCUACUAGUGGGAGUGGGCAUUCGAGGUGGAGCCUCGUUGCCCUCUCUGCCCUGGGCAGAUCUGCCAUGUUCCCUGUAUGUUGUGAGUCAGGACCCUGGAAUAAUGGGGUCUGAGAGGCCUGUAAAGACCAUGUGCCCCACACUGUCACUUAACAGGGAAGCUGAGGCCCAAAGAGGAGAAGUGACGGUCCCUGUGGCAAAGCAGCAACUGACACCCAGGACUCCUGAUUCCUAAGCCAGACUCUUUGGGUCUCCAUCUUGCCUUUAGUUUCCCAUCUGCGCAGCUCUCUUCCCACCAGGCACUAACCCCAGCUCAGGGUGCCAGGGCCAUCACCACAUGGCCUCGCUGCUCCAGACCACCUGUGACAUCCUGCAGGACCUUGUCCCUCACAGCUUGCUUUCUCCUCGGACCUUGCUCUCAGACCAGAGCUUUCUCUCGCACUGCCUGCUGCCCCUAAACACGCCACUCGGGGCACACUGCACUGAGCAGUCCCCCUCAAGCCAGGCUGCCUCUUGUGCCCAAGUACCUCUGGCUCCCUUUGCUGAUGCAUCGGCCUCUGUUUGGUGCAUACUUACCCUGACAGCCUCCCUUUUUAUGCAUCAACUAUGGUCUAGAUAGACAUCAGAACCUCUCUCUAUCACUCAUCUUCCUGUGCACUUGUCGCCCAUGAGCUCAAGAGCCUUUUUUUUUUUUUAAGAUUUUAUUUAUUCGAGAGAGAGCAUGAGUGGGGGGAGGGGCAGAGGGAGAGGUAGACUCCCCACCAAGCAGGGAGCCCCACGUGGGGCUCAAUCCCAAGACCCUGGAUCAUGACCUGAGCCAAAGGCAGAUACUUAACCGACUGAGCCACCCAGGCAUCCCGAGCUCAAGAUCCAUUUCAAUUUUUCUUUUCCUCUCUGCAUAGUCUGGGAGCUCAAUAAUGGUUAACUACAUGAGUGGGUGGGCUUUCGUGCAUUUUAAAGGUGGCAAAGGAGGAAUGCAGGAAUGUUUUUCUUCUGAUCUAGUCUUUAAGUCCCCAAAGUAUCUUUUUAUGUAUCUUUCUAGAGAGGACUCCUGUAUGUCCCAAGUUUGAGAUUAGACAAAAUUAAUAUUGGGUCCCUACUGUGGGCUAGCACUUGAUGACUUUAAGUCAGGCACCUGAACUCCCAAAGACUCUCAGGCAAGAGGUCCAUGUAUCAUUGAGGCUGCUGUCCACUGCAAUUAACAAAACCUGGCUUAAAGAGGCUUCAACAAUAAGGACAUUAUCUCCGAUUACAUGAAGUCCAAGGUUGGCUCAUUCAGUGGCUCAGUGUGAAGUGGUGUAAAGUCCCUUUUCUCUUUCUGCUUUGCUCUCCUUUUGUGUUGGUUUUGUCUUUAAGCUCAUGCUCCUUGUUAAGGCCUGGGUGUAGCCAUUCUGAGUAUCAAUCCAGAUAUGACAAUAUCUACAGGCAGGAACAUGAUCCUUGUGUCCUUUUAAGUUAAAACUCAACUUCCAACCAAAGCAGACUUACCUCAUAUCUUAUUAGUGCAGAAUUGCUUCCUGAACCCACAUCGAAAUCAUGGCAAGGGAAAUUGGUCUAUGAUUGGCUCAGAUCAACCAGAAAAUAGUCCUGGAGCUGGGGCUAGGGACAGGCUUUCCUUAAGCACGUGCUAUGGCCAUCAGAAGGAAAUGGGGGUGCUACUAGAAAGGAGGGAGUUGUGUGGAGGAAUUGAAGUGUCUGCCAUAGUCCAGAAGGCAAGUUUAUCAAGGCUUUCAUGUGCUUAGGCCAUGUACGCAUCUCAUUUAGAUGUUAGGACAGCUUUGUGGCAUGGGGAGUCAUUCCAUUUUACAGACUGUAGGAGUCCAGCAAGGCUGAGGACAUAAGGCUAAUAAGUGGCAGCACCAGAAUCUAAACUCGAAUUGUCUCAUUCAAAACCCUACUUCUUUCCAUCCUCAUGCUGCCUUCAGCUGUGAAUAUGUAACUGUUUUGAUAAAAUUCUUUUUUAUAUUCUACCCAGAUAGUAGCCAAGGCUACACAUCUUGACCUUUUUUUAGCUUAGCUCACCAUAAAAAGCUGGAUCAGAGAUCUACUUUAUCAGCUCUUUCCAAUUUCCCCCAGGGAAUUUAUGAGAGAAUGACACACACAUGGAGAAGGGAGAUAUCGGUAUUAAAGUGAACUGGAGGGGUACCUGGCUGGCUCCGUUGGAAGAGCAUGUGUCUUGAUCUCGGUGUCAUGGGUUGGAGCCCCACAUCAGGUGUAGAGAUCACUUAAAUAAACAAAAAAACAAACUUAGAAAGUGAACUGGAGGUUUAGGGGAAAAUAAAUCUGAAUAAAAAACAAUGGUCACGGGGUGCCUGGGUGGCACAAUUGUUAAGCGUCUGCCUUCGGCUCACAUCAUGGACCUAGGGUCCUGGGAUCGAGUCCCACAUCGGGCUCCCUGCUCAGUGGAAAGCCUACUUCUCCCUCUCCCACUCCCCCUGCUUGUGUUCCCCUCUCUUGCUGUGUGUCUCUCUCUCAAAUAAAUAAAAUCUUAAAACAACAACAACAACAACACAUUCUUCAGGGCGCCUGGGUGGCUCAGUUGGUUAAGUAUCUGCCUUCGGCUCAGGUCAUGAUCUCCCUCUGCCCCUUCUCCCUACUCAUGCUUUUUCUCUCUAAUAAAAUCUUUUUUUUUAUAAAGAUUUUAUUUAUUUAUUUGACAGAUAUAGUGAGAGAGGGAACACCAGCAGGGGGAGUGGGAGAGGGAGAAGCAGGCUUCCUGCGGAGCAGGGAGCCCAAUGUGGGGCUUGAUCCCAGGACCCUGGGACCAUGACCUGAGCCGAAGGCAGAGGCUUAACGACUGAGCCACCCAGGCGCCCCUCUUUUUUUUUUUAAUCGUAAAAACAAACAAACAACAAAUACCUGAGAUGUGAGCCAGGAAGAGAGAAGGGAUUUAGAAAUGUGCAUAUCCCACUAGGUUUUUGCUGUGUUCCCCCAUGGAAUAGUACUGGGUAGAGUUAAUACUGUUCAAAGUGGUAUGUUGGGGAAGGGUAUUGGAGAAGCUCUGUGAUGCAUGGAGUUUAAAUUAGAGCUAGUUAUAUUAUUCAUCACAGGUUACCCUCAGGGGUGCCUGGGUGGCUCAGUCAGUGCGAUGUCUACUUUCAGCUCAGGUCAUGAUCCCAGUGUCCUGGAAUUGAGCCCCACAUUGGGCUCCCUGCUCAGCAGGGGAGUGUGAUUCUCUCUCUGCCCCUCCCCUCUGCUCAUUCUCUUUCUCUCUCUGCCCCUCCCCCCCAUGCUCACUCUCUUUCUCAAAUAAAUAAAAAAUUUUUAAAAUGUUACCCUCAAUAAAGAAGAUGUGGUAUAUAUAUACAAUGGAAUAUUAUGCAGCCAUCAAAAGGAAUGAGAUCUUGCCAUUUGCAACGAUGUGGAUGGAACUGGAGGGUAUUAUGUUGAGUGAAAUAAGUCAAACAGAGAAAGACAUGUAUCAUAUCUCACUGAUAUGAGGAAUUCUUAAUCGCAGGAAACAAAGUGUUGUUGGAGUGGGGGGUGGGGUGGGAGGGAUG